UUCGUCGUCCUUUGAGAUGAAGAAAUGGAAGCACCUUCGCAUAAUCUUUUCUUCGAUUAUAUAGAUUCAUCUCAUAUUCACUGUGGCUUUACUUUCUCUUUGUCUAUGGCGCAUCAUCUGAGAUUGUUGAAUUCUUUAGGUUUAUUUAUUUCCCAAAUUACGCAAUUCAAACGCCAUUUGCUCCCCAUGAUUGGCUCUUGUGACAUUAAUUGGGUUCAUGCCCAUAAAUUGGGGGUUUUAAGUUGGAUUACGAGUGAAGAAGGAUGACUACAGUGGAAAUUGAUUUUUGGUUUCAUUUCAGUCAAAUUGUGGGCGUGAAUUAGGUUUGUGAAUCUCAUUGGUACUGUAUUGGUGUAUUUUUGGUUGUUUUUUAUGGACUAUUGUGAUUGACAUUGCUUACACUGUGAGUCAAUCUUGAAUCCUUUCUAUAGAGUUGUUUUGUGAUUGGCGUUGCUGACACUGGGAUUCUGAACUGAUCAGGGUCUACUGGUCUGGUGAUCCCAAUUUCAUGUUGAAGCUCAAAACAAUAUUCCAACAGAAGCAGUCCCUUUCUUUGCUAGGCCAACGGUGAGUCUUUAGGGAUACCGUAUCCUAUAAAUCACAAAAGAGAGUAAAAUUGCAGCUAAAUUGUAAUCCUGAAUCAGUUUAUGGAUUCGAAUUUAUAAAUUGCUCGAACAAGGAGGAGUAAGAACAUCUAGCAUUUUUGGGAGAAAGCGUUCAAAAAUACAACAACGAAGGACAUUGCCUACAGUCUCUACAUUGUUUCAUCUGCUUUUGAGCGACAAUGGAAACAAUCGUCGUUGACUAUCAAAAUUGCUUCAUCGUCAUCCUCGUAUCCCUAUUCUCACUCCUUUGCCUCUUUGUAUUAUACUUCAAGAAGCCGAAGGACUCACGAGCCUGUAAUGUGCCUCCGAGCCCUCCUUCUCUUCCGAUAAUCGGUCAUCUGCACCUUAUACUCUCUGUUCUACCUCACAAGUCCUUUCAGAAACUCUCCAAAUAUGGAUCUCUUCUCUGUCUCCGCAUCUUCCAUGUCCCCAUAAUCCUCGUCUCCUCUGCUUCUGUGGCCUACGAGAUCUUCAAGACGCAUGACGUGAACAUCUCAUCCCACGGCCACCCUCCAAUUGACGAGUGUCUCUUUUUUGGCUCUUCAAGCUUUGUCAUGGCUCCUUAUGGAGAUUACUGGAAAUUCAUGAAGAAGCUCAUGGUCACAAAGCUGUUCGGACCUCAGGCACUCGAGCGUUUACGAGGUGCCCGUGCAGAUGAACUAGAACGGUUUCACGCAAGCCUGCUUAGUAAGGAAAUGAAGAGCGAGAAUGUCGAGAUUGCUAAGGAAGCAAUGAAGCUGACUAACAAUAGCAUCUGCAAGAUGAUCAUGGGUAGGAGUUGUUUAGAGGAGAACGGCGAGGCAGAGAGAGUUAGGGGACUGGUCACCCAGACAUUUGCCUUGUUUAAGAAAAUUUUCUUGACACAAUUACUGCGCAGGCUGUUUGAGAUACUCAGAUUCUCACUGUUCAAAAAAGAGAUAUUGGCUGUUUCCUCGAAAUUCGAUGAGCUUCUUGAAAGGAUUCUUGUGGAACACGAAGAGAACCCCGACUAUCGUGAUAUGGACAUGAUGGAUGUGUUGUUGGCAGCUUAUCGAGAUGAAAAUGCGGAGUAUAAGAUCACUAGGAACCAGAUCAAGGCGCUGUUCGUGGAGCUUAUCCUUGGAGGCACUGACACCUCAGUGCAAACAAUUGAGUGGACAAUGGCAGAGAUCAUUAAUAAGCCUAACAUCCUUGAGAGAUUGAGAAACGAAAUUGAUUCGGUUGUAGGUAAAACAAGGUUGAUUCAGGAGAAGGAUCUACCAGACCUCCCUUAUUUGCAAGCGGUCAUCAAGGAAGGGCUAAGAUUGCACCCACCAGGGCCUCUCUUGGGAAGGAAAGUCAUAAGGGAAUGUAUGAUUGGAGGCUUUUACGUACCAAAGAACACAACUCUUGUAGUUAACGCUUAUGCCGUGAUGAGAGAUCCUAGUUCUUGGGAAGAUCCGGAUGAGUUUAAGCCAGAGAGGUUUCUAGCUUCUUCAAGAAGACCAGAAGAGGAGAGAGAGCAAACCCUAAAGUACCUUCCUUUUGGCAGCGGAAGAAGAGGAUGCCCUGGAGAAAAUAUAGGUUAUAUAUUUGUAGGAACCGCAAUAGGAAUGAUGGUGCAUUGCUUUGACUGGAGAAUCAAAGAAGACAAGGUUAACAUGGAAGAGACUGUUGCUGGAAUGACCAUAAACAUGGCUCAUCCUCUUAGGUGUACUCCUGUUGCUCGAAUGCAACCUUUAAAUUCGAAUCCGCAGAAUUUCAGUUCGUGAGUUCAUGAAUUCUGUUUAGUUGGUUACUUUUGGUUUAUUGUGUGAUACCGUAAAAACUUCUAUAUUGUUCUCCGAGUUUAAGUCGCGACUUUUAAGGUCGAUUUCGUUCUUCUCCUA